UCUUUUCUUUUCACACUGGAAUACAAAUCAUCCGUCUCGACUUCUCUUGCCUGGGAAUAACUUCAACAUCAGGCCAACCUGUGUUAGCUUCAUGGCCUUGCAACAGAUGCAUGAUGUGCAACCUCUUUCAAGUCACAGUAAUUCAGCAGGACCAUGUUCAAAUCAAGAUGAUUUUCGGCAAGCAUUACUAAACUCUAUCAAUGAAACAACAUAUAACAAUUCAAUGGCCAAACAAUUAAUAUCAGAGGAGGAAUCUAAACUAGUUGCUGCCAAGAAACACAGCAUGGCUGAGAGUAACCGCCGGAGUCGAAUCAAUACCCAGUUCACUACCCUUCGUACCAUUCUCCCCAACUUGAUAAAAGUGAACAAAGCAUCAGUGCUUGAAGAGACAAUCAGGUGCGUGAAAGAGCUGACAAAUACAGUGUCAGAAUUGAAAGAAAUAUAUGGUGGUGGUAGAUUGGAAUGUGUAUUUCCUGGCGGGGCUGACAAGUUAAGAAUCGGUUCCUGUGAGGGGAAAGGUCAGGAGGUUGUGAAAGUAGUAUUCAGCUGUGAUGAUAAAAGGAAGCUAUUGUCUGAUGUUGCAAGGGCAGUGAGAUCAGUGAAAGGAAAGGUAGUGAGGGCAGAGAUGGUGACAAUGGGUGGAAGGACCAAGUGUGUUUUGUGGGUACAAGGAAUAAAUGGGAAUGAGGAGUUAGAGAUGCUAAGGAGAGUUCUAAAUGCUCUCACCGAGAAGCCAAAUAUGGCGAGGACAUGUAACAGGCCAAAGCUUACUCUGUUGUGAUAAUUUGUGGUGUAAAAUUUCAUGGAGGCUGUUAUUUAGUGUAAAUUUUAUUUUAUAAAUGGUUGAUAGACAGCAGGAUGAAUGCAUUCUACUCUUAGAUUGUAAACUUAGAAUAGAGAACUAGUUAGUGUAUAUGUAAUGUUUCACAAGGUUUUACUUUUAUUUAUUAAACCCAACAACAAGGAUCAGAGAAAAAA